AUGCACUACGUUGAAAAUGGCGUUCCAAAGAUAAAUUCACACACGGUUCUUGUCAUACCGAACAACAUUAAUGAUAUUUAUUUUAACUGGCACCAAUCAACACACUCCCAAGAUGACUCCAAGUUGACGUAUAAAAUUUGGUUCAAGCUGUCAAAUGAUAACAUCAUCAGCCACCCGACCAUGAGUGUAAAAGGAGAAGGAGAAGUGCCUACAAUUGAUUCAGUAUUCAGGGUGACAGUUCAGUGCUUGUCAGCACAGCAUCAUGCCCAGCAUCAGCAGCCACGUGUUGAUGGUGUGGUAGAUGUGGCGAUGUACAUACAACACAAUGCUCAUUGUCUAGGACAAGUGCAAAACGGUAAUGUCUUCAAAUUGGCUAUGAAGCAUUCCUAUCGCAAUAAAUGGCCUAGCAAUUUGAAUGCCACAGGACAGUUGUCGACUUCGAGGAAGAGUAUUUACGAUACUUUCGGUGAGAAUUGCAAGCUGUUUCCAAUGGCAAGGACGCCAAUAGAUGAAGAGAUGAUGGUGUUGAGGAGUUCAUCACAUUCUGAUCAGCAACUGCGUCAACAACAACAACAACAAUCGCAACAACAACAACAACAGUAUGAAAAACAUCAGCAUCACAAGUCACAGACUCAACAACGACAUCAACAACAACAACAAGAUCAUCGUCAAGAUCUAUCUUACUCCUACCUGAGGUCAGCGGACAUUAAGAUGAGUCUCCAAGAGUUGGAGAUUGAUGCUAGCAGUGUUGCCAUAGAAGAUUUAAUUAUGGAAGGAUCCUACGGAAGAAUAUUUAGUGGCAGACUGAUUGGCAGUCGAGAGAUCGUUGAAAAAAAACAAGUUGAUAGGAAAGUUGUCAUCAAGACCUUAACUGGUGAUGCUACAGAAGAGCAAACCUACAACUUCUUAAAGUCAGGCUGCCUAAUGAAAGAUUUGAAAUCCGAUAAUUUGGCCGUAUUGUUGUUUGCCUGCAUUCAGAAAGAUACUAGGCCUAUGCUAAUUUACGCUUCUGACAGCAGUCUGGACCACAACCAUAGCAGGCAGCACAGCAAAAAUAGUUGCAGCAGUAUUAAAUAUAAUAAUAAUAAUAACUAUAAUAAUAGUAAUAAUAGAAAUAAUAAUAACGGUAGUAAUAAUGGCGGUAGUAUUAACUGUAGUAUUAACGUUGACAGCUUAUUUGGUGUGAAUUUGAAGAGGUUCCUUAUCACGUGUUGUUCGCCAGCCGAUUAUAUGUUGAUUAGUAAUAAUAAUAAUAAUAAUAAUAAUAAUAAUAAUAUAAAUAAUAAAAAUAUUAUGCAGCACAAACAACAGCAACCAAUCAACUUGCAGCAACUCGUAUACAUGGGCAUACAAAUAGCUCAUGGUGUACACUACAUGCACAAGAAACAUCUCAUACACAAAGAUCUAGGAACUAGAAAUUGCGUAGUAAACAACCAACUGCAUGUCAAGGUGACUGACUCUGCUCUAACAGCUGAUAUGUUUCCUGAUGAUUAUGAUUGGUCAGAUUCAAAUGAUCCUCGGCCAAUCAGAUGGCUCGCCCUUGAAGCAUUGUCCAAUGGCGUCUAUUCUGCUUCAAGUGAUACGUGGGCAUUUGGUGUGCUGCUAUGGGAGCUGAUGACUCUAUGUACACUUCCGUACGAUAAGAUAGCUCCUGAAAAGAUCAUCGACCAUCUUCAAGAUGGCUACAGAUUGAGCCAACCUGACGACUGCCCCGAUGAAUUAUUCGCCAUGAUGGCAUGCUGUUGGAGCCAAUCAGCAGAGGACAGACCAGCGAUCAUCCAAUUACAGUUGUGCCUUCAAGAUUUUUAUUCUAAACUCAUAUAAUUAUAAGACUAUAAUUCAAGUAAGACGUUAACAUUAACAUUUUUAUGUUUAUAUUUCAUAAUUGUUUGUUUAAUAUUUGUUUUGAUAACUAUUUAAUGUAAAUAAUGUAAUUUAAUACGUACCUGUGUAAUUAAUUACAUACAUUUUGCCUAUUAUAUAAUUAGUCAGCUUUGUUUCAAUACGUUUGCAUUGUAAAGACUUGCUUUUUGUAUAACUGUGUAUGUGUGUAAAUACGUAUUCACGUGAGCGAACCUUGAUUGCAAUUUGUAUCGUUUCUGAAGCUUUGAGAAGACUUGAACAUUUGAAGCGAAGUAUCGUCUCGUUAACGUUACUUACUGUUAAUUUUUUUAAGCCAUAGUCGCUUUUUUGCUCUCACUCAUUUAUAUUUUUCGAUACAUUUGGAAGAAUUAACUAGUUUUUAUAAAGAAAAA